AUGCAUUUUGUGUCCCUUCCUUCUUCACUUGCUUUCCUAUCCAACAUUCAUACCCUUUGCUUGCAUCGAUGCCAACUGGAUGACAUAGCUAUCAUCGGAGACUUGAAGCAACUACGAGUCCUUAGUUUUGCAAACUCCUACAUUGUUGAGUUGCCCAGACAAAUAGAGGAACUGACUCGACUAAAAUUGUUAGAUGUGAGCGAUUGUUCCAAACUCAAAAUGAUUCCUGCAAGUGCCUUAUCAAAGCUGUCCCUGCUAGAAGCACUGUAUAUGAGUAACAGCUUUGAUCAGUGGGAGGCCGAUGGGAUUAGAAAUCAAGGCAAUGCAAGCCUUGCUGAGUUGGAAUACUUGUCUCACUUGAUGACUUUGGAAAUACAGAUACUGGAUGCCAAGAUAUUACCAAAACGCCUAUUUUCUAAUGGGUUGCAAAGCUAUAGAAUACUCAUAGGGGAUGGAUGGGACUGGAAUGGGAAUUAUGAAACCUCCAGAAUGCUGAAACUUAAGCUCAAGACAAGCAUUCAUUCAGAGUAUGGGCUACGAGUAAUGGAAGUGCGCUUUUGUCCCAACAUGGAAGCUAUUGUUGUAGAUGAUGAAGACAGCAAUGAAGAAGUGGUUGAGUUCAAUCAGUUACGCUCCUUGACGCUGGAUGGUCUACCACAUCUUAGAAGCUUUCGCAGCAAAAUGAAGAAGGCGCCUCCAGGAAUUGAAUCGAGACACAAGCAAAUAUUGACUGCUGAUGAGCCAGCAUUUGAGGAAUUUGUGUCAGAGGAAUCAUCACUUUUCAACAGAAUGGUUUCUUUCCCCAACUUGGAGGAUCUUCAACUAGUCUCAGUUACUUGUGAAAAGAUAUGGCACGACCAACUUUCCGCAACUUAUUCAAACUUAAAAAGCUUGACUGUGAUGAGAUGCGACAAUUUGAAGUAUUUAUUUACAACUUCAAUUGUUAAAAGUCUUUUGCAGCUCAAAACACUUCAUAUUGAGGAUUGUAGUUCCUUGGAAGAGAUAAUACUGACAGAGGAAAUUAUAGAAGAAGAAGAUGAGAGGGUGAAUAAGAUAAUCUUCCCUAAAUUGGAUGUGCUGUGGCUUUGGGGUCUUCCAAACUUGAUUAGAUUCUGCAGUGGCUAUCAAAUUGAAUUUCAAUCUCUUAGAGACUUGUACAUAGUGGGAUGCGGUGCAUUGAUGUGUUUGGUCCCCAGUGUUCCACAUACAGACAUGAUGGCAAAACAAGUUUACACAGAGACGAACCACAAUACUGAAAUUCAAUCUCUCUUCAAUGAAAUGGUUGCUUUCUCUAACUUGGAGAAUUUGAAUCUCCGGGAAAUGAAUGACAUGAAAAGUGUAUGGCACAGCCAAUUUGCGGCUGAUUCCUUCUGUAAACUAAAAUCAUUGAAAAUUUCUUAUUGCUCGAAAUUGAUGACUGUUUUUCCAUCAAAUGUCUUAGAAAGAUUCCAAAGAUUAGAGGAGUUGAAUGUACGAUAUUGUAAUUCUUUGCAAGAGAUAUAUCAACUUGAAGGGUUCAAUGUUAUUGAAGCAUUUGAGCUGAGAAAAUUAUCUAUAGACAGUCUGCCAUCGUUGAAGCAUGUGUGGAGGAAGGAUCCACAAGGAGUUUUCACUUUUCAAAAUUUGAAAUCAGUUGAAGUUGCAAAUUGUGAUGUUCUAAAAAAUCUCUUUCCAGCCUCCGUAGCCGAGGGUCUUUUGCAACUUGAAAAGCUUUCAAUAAUAGAAUGUGGGGUUGAGGAGAUUGUUGCAAAGCCAGAAGAUGUGGAACCAGCCCCUUAUUACUGUUUUAAAACUGAGGAGUUUCUACCCAGGGACACAGAUUUCUGA